AUGUCCCACGACAAACAGUUCACCCUUUAUACAACUACAGGUGGCCCCAAUGGCUGGAAAGUCGAGUUUGUGCUCACGGAGCUUGGUUUAUCCUACGAGAGCAUUCAUCUCCAGCCAGGCCAGCAGAAGGAGCCCGAUUAUACCAAGUAUAAUCCGAACGGACGCAUUCCUGCAUUGGUUGAUCACAGAAACAGUGAUUUUGUUGUCUGGGAAUCCGACGCUAUUCUUGCUUACCUUGUGGAGAUAUAUGACCCUACUCACCGUAUUUCUGCUGUGACUCCCGAAGACAAGGUUCAUCAACUUCAGUGGUUGUUCUUCCAGUCUUCUGGCCAAGGCCCCUACUUCGGACAACAGUUCCACUUUAAUCGGUACCAUCCUGUUAAAUUGCCUACCGCAAUAGAGCGUUAUCAGAAAGAAAUCAUUCGCAUAUUAGGCGUCCUCGACAGUGUGCUGUCUAAGCAGGAAUGGCUUGUUGCUGGUAAAUGCACCAUCGCCGAUAUUUCUUUUGUACCCUGGAACAUCUUGGCGCUCGAUCCUUCUUUGGUCGACCUUGGCGUCAAUGUGGAGACUGAGUUCCCUGCAUUUUAUGGCUGGCACCAGAAGCUUGUUUCGAUGGAGUCAAUUAAGAAAGUUUGGGCUCAUAGGCGGGCUAUGCUGGAGUCCCAGGCAUAG